AUGACUGGGCAGAAUAUCGUGGUGGAGUCAUCGGCGGUGAAUGAGAGAAAGGAACUAUCGAGGACUGCGACGGCGAUGACGACGAAGGAGGAUGAGAAACGAAGCAGAGGCGGAAAUCAGCAUAAGAGGAUAGGAGAAGUGGCGGGAGGGACGGCGGCGGAGUGUGCGAUGGUAUGUUGUUGUUGUCCGUGCACAGUGCUGCACUUUCUCCUACUUGCUCUGUACAAAGUUCCGACGGGACUUUGCCGGAAAGCAUGGAGGAAUAAGAAGCGGAAGAAGGCUUUGAAGAAGAAAAACAACAUCAAUAAUUCUCCUGGUGUUUACUAUACCGAUGAUGAUAAGGAUUAUUUCGAUGGCGGCGGUAACGUAAACAGAGGAUCAUCGGAAACGGCCGAAUUUGAAACGGAGAUGUGGCACCGAUUUUACGAUGGCGCUGGAUUUGGAAGGAGUUCAUCUCAAAAGGAAUUAGAAGAACAACAACAACAUCAAUGA